AUGAGUUUUUCAACAACUGAAACAAGGUGGAUGAAGUUCGGAAAAUCUCAUGACUUCGUUUUUGUUGGGAAGGAAGCCAUCGCAACGGCUUCUGGCAUUUAUACAGUUUCCAUGUUUUCCGUAGUCGAGAGAAAACAUAAUCCCAAAAUAUCAAUAUAUAUGUAUCCAAUGUUACAAAGGAUCUCCAGAUGCAUACUGCCCGACAAAAUUAAUGGUUAUUUAUCCUGUUCUUUUGCUGGUACAGAGUAUCUCAUAAGCCUGACUACCUUCCCCGAUUUUCAACUGAUUGUGUGGCUCUGGAGAACCGGCAAACACGUUGCAAUGCUUAACACAAAAAUAGACAAUCUUAAUCAAGAAAUUUAUUGUUCAUUGAAUCCUCCACAUUUGAUAUCGCAACUUGGAAUUGAUAAUAAUACACUCUCGAUCUAUCAGUUGCGUACGUGCUCCAAAAUCGUAAGUAUACAUCACGUAAACGCGCUACUUCCUGAACACAGAAUUGUGUCUUCAUCCUGGACAUUAGAAGGAAAUUUAUUUGUCUCGGAUGAAUUCGGAAAUGUAUGGCUUGUGGCAAUAGAAACUAAUAAGUUGUACUCGGUGGUAAAAUCGAAAAUAUGCGAACAUCCAAUAAAUAAGCCCAUUGUUGUCAGUCAUAAAAGCGGCGUAAUAGUUGUGAAUCCCAAUAGUGAAAUUACGUGUACAGAUCACGUCGCGACGUUAGACCGAUUAGAUCGUCUUUGUAUUUUUGAAUUAUUGACCGGUAAAUUGACAGCGAGAUUAUCUCUGAAGCAUCACGGUGAAGUUCUUCACGUAGAUUCACAUCCUACUUUACCAAUGCUUGCGUCGUGCAGCGCUGCUGGCAAUUGCAUACUAAUCGAUGUCAUAAAAGUUUCAUUGCCCAAAAUCUUUAAUUGCUUCCAUCUCUAUGGAAACUUAUUAGAUAAAAUAAAAUUUUCAUGCCAUGGCGAACUUUUAGGAAUUAGCAAUUCUCAAAAUGGCAUAAUGUUCAUUAUUGGUAAACGAUAUAAACAACAACGUGUAAAUGUUCUAGGAUUUAUAGAAAUUGAUGGAUAUAUUACUGAUUUUUUGAUAUACGAAAAAAGUUACGAUCGUUUUGAGAUCUUGAUCCUAGCAACAACUAUUCCUUCUAUGGUUUUGAUCGGCGGUAACAAAGUGAUUGUGUACACUUGCGAGAAUUCGGUCGAGUUUUGCACACAUGCCGUUUGCGUAAUAGAUAUAUCAAGACCUUUCAGGGCGCUCUAUCAUGGAUGUAAGCCUCUGGACAUAUUGGGUGUACCUUCUUUGUCUAAACAGUUACAUAAAAUGGAAAUAGAGAAUAAUUUUCAAGAUAUCGUCCUCACAGAUGCAUUGUUAUCCAUGCAUCAGCUGAGAAACAUUGGAAUAUAUGUUACCGAUUCUCGAAUUAUAACAUAUGGAUACGAUGGCUUAAUUAUAAUUAGAGAUAACAUGAAACUUCGCAAAGUGAUUGCAAUGUUUAUGCCACACCAUCGUACUCAAGGUGGCGUGAAAAGUGCAAUUUCUUCACAAUUUGGAGAAAUAAUCGUUUCUCUCGGUAGAAAUGGCGAUAUUGUUGCCAAUCGAAUUCGCUUAACAGAGGCAAAAACAAAUUUGACAGAAACUGAGACUAUAAAUAUGAAUUUAACGAUCGAGGAUUUUACUUCCGAUCCAAACGAACAGUAUGAUCAAGGAAAAAAAUCCUGGUUGGAUAAUGUAAUCGCCGCUAAAUUAAAAGCCGAACACGAGGAAGCUCUAUCUCUACGGGCUUCUAUCUUAGCCGAUCUUGAGAAAAUUCAAACGCAAAUACGUGAGCUUCUUGAUAUAAACGAAAGCAAACCACCGGAUGCCCGUUUGCCGAUCUCGUCUUUUGAUUUGGAUCGCGAGGCUCGACAGUGCAGAAUAGAAGAAGCUCGGCUUGAACGAGACAAAUUACAUCAAAACCUUGAAGAGGAUUGCGCUCAACGAGAUCAGGUGGCAUCGAAUCUACGUGAAAUAUUCUGGGAACCGCUGCAAGUUAAACCAUGUGCUCUCAGAUCAAUUGGUGGUGAUACAUUUGUCCAAAAUUAUCCUUUGAUCGCAUCGGCUCAAAAGAUAAAGGAGUGGGAUAGACUUUCGUCGGACACUGACGAAUUUUUAUACAGUUACGAUGUGUAUGAUAGAUCAGUAGAUAAAGAAAAUGAUUCAAAACGAGAAUCUACAGUAAUUUCCACUAAAGAAUCUUUAACAACUAAAGCCGAAAGCAAAACAUGUCAAACAGCUAAGAGAUGGCAUACACUCGCGGAUGAUAAUGAAAAAUUGUGUAUAUCGGGUAUCACAACGCAUAAAUGGCUUGAGGAUAAAAGCAUAACUUCAACACAUCAGCUAUUGACUUCAUGUGACAAUCUCGAGACAAUCCUACAGAAAGAUGUUAUCAUUGAAAAUCGGGAACGUAAAUUAAAAAUACAUUUUAACAAGCUCUUCGAAGAAAUGAAAUGCGCAAAAGAAUGCGUAUUAAAAUGUGCAAAGGAACGCAUCAAUAGACUUCAAUAUUGCGCAUCUGAAUUGAAGACAAUGUUUAAAAUAAAUUCCGUUUUGGAACCAAUCGAGACUCCUUCCUGGAAUGUCGACGAAAUACCUGAUUAUGUAAUUACCGUGAAAGAUGACGAAGUAUUUGAAAAGUCACGACAAGGAGAAUUGAAAAUAAUGGAUGAGGAUGGAAAAGAUGAAAGUAAAGACAAAAAAACCAGCGAUUUUUAUAAAAUGACUCUUGAAAAAAUGAUGGAUGGAGUAUUAGAACUUAAAUGGGAAGACGAGGUGAAAAAGGAAAUACCUGUGCCGGACUGUCUAAUUAUGAAGAAUCCUUCGAAAUAUACCAAAGAGGAUAUCGAAAUUAUCACAUCGUAUAAGUUCAAAGUGCAAACGUUGCAAAGAGAACAAGAAAAAUAUAAAGCUAUAUUGCAGGCUGAUAUUGUAGAAACAAAAGACGCCUUGCAGAGAGACAUCGCCGCAUUCAACGACAAGUUAAAAGAUCUGGAAUUAAAGAAGAUACAAAUUGAAAGCGCAAUCUUUCAGGAAAGACUGACAAGGUUACGUGCGAUUCGAAGGCACCGUACUAUGGUUGACGGCAAAGAAAAAAUCGCUCGUUUCACUGACGAGAAGUUAACACCAACAAUGCAAGAAGCACGCAGGCUCGUCGAGGAAUGCAACUCGCUGGAGAUGGUCGUGUCAGAGCUAAAAGUUCGAUACGACAACCUCUGCAAGGCGGACAAACGUCAGGAGGCCAAGUUCCGCGGUGAAUUCGCAGAGGUGAAGCAGCCGAUAGUAGAACACUUGUUCAGGCACUACAAGAAGCGGCCCAAGACCAGUCGGCUGACUAUCACAUCUGUCACAUAUCUGACAGAGGUAGCAAGAUGCGUCAUAAGUAAUGAGAAGUCAGACAUCUUACCACACGAAUGCCUGGAUUUCCUCAAAGGCAUGGAUGCUUUGGAUUCAAUGCCUCGAAAUUUACCAUCGCAAAUUAACGCCGAAUAUUGGCAAAUGAUGUGUAGACUGAGGAGGAUAAAGGUUGAAAUGGAGAUAAAGGUAACAUGUUGCGCGGUAGAGAUGGCCGAAGCGGAGCAGACGCUGUCGUUUUAUCAGAAAGCGAUGCAGUCAGCUGAUAAUGCCGUGGCAUGCAAGAAGGUCAGCUUGGAUGACAGGGAGAAAUCCUUGAUGCAACUCGCGCAGGAAAUGGAGAUCCAACUUGUCUUAAAAAUGGGCCAGAUCGAGGUACCGCUGCAAGGUUGUCCCUCUGACUAUGCAAACGCUGUUCUCGUUACGUGCGAGGAACUUUUACGGGUCAACGAUUGUAUUGUUGAAACUGGGAAACGUAAACUGGCGGCUAUGCAUAAAUCCAUGCACUUGCAGAAAGUCCUGUCACAAUAUGAAUGGCAUCACGUUUGCGCAAAGAUGACAAUGGAGGAUUUGCAGCGGGACUUGAAGGAUAUCCGAGAGUUCAAGAUCACGAGAAACGUGCUCGAAUUUUUGACCAACUCUCCUUCUAAUGUAAAUUUAGAAAGGGAUUACGAAAAGAUGCAAGUCAAUUUGCGAAUAUUUCGAAACAAAUUUCGUGAAUUGUUGGAUUUAGAACAAGCGUGUCUGAAAGAAGCGAAGCUGCAGAUAGCUAAGUGGAAGAAAAAGAACGAUAAGAUAUCGCAGGAGAUCAAAACAAAGUCAUCGGACGUUGAAAAGCGUCGCAGGUUGCUCGACGAUCCGCAUCGCAAGAGAAACGAAGAGUCUCGAAGGAUAAGACUCACGGCAAUUGCGAGACGUACUAAACUCGUUAUGAAAGCAGAAGCUAAUUAUGAACAGCUGCUAAUCUUGCAUGCUCACCUCGAGGUUUUGAAGUUGCGAACGUAUCCGACCUUGCAGUUUAAAACCGCAUAG